CUACGUUAGCUGACAUCAAUUCCUGUCAAGCCAGCUGAAAGAAAGCUUGCAAACACAUAACGAUGUAAUCUCAUAAUCGUUAAAAAUAUGACGUUUAAUUCAUGAAAUCGUAAAGCGUAUGCAAUAUAAAAUAUGUGUUACGGCUCUUCCGUGAGAUAAGGAAUUCCGAGACAUAGUUCUGAGACAUGGGAAGUCCUGAUAGGUUAGGAAUUUCACUUGUGCAGAUUAGCUUGUAUUCGAAUGGACGUGUGUCUUGUUAGAUGAGAUCAUAUGAGUAAAAUGAUGCAUUAUAGCCCGUGGAUUCAACAUCAGCCGAUAGCAGAUCAUCAAUGUUGCAUGCCAUAUAUUGAUAUGAUGCCAUCCUACCACGAUCACGAUCAUGAACGUCAUCGGCUGAUUGAAGAAGAAACUGAGCAGACUGGCGAGGAGGUGCACGACACAAUGACGCCUGCUACUUCCGGUGAACGUAGUUCUAGCGCAGAUCUAUUCAGAUUGGAGUUUGCUGCUUCUCAAUGGUCCAAGUUAGUUUCUAAUGCAGAAGGUCUGUUUACGAAACUCAUGACAAGUAAUGUUCUGCCACACACUGAUCAAGAUCAAAUUGAGCAGUGGCUGUGCAUGAAACAGGAGUACGAGGAAUGUAUAGCCAGCGAUGAGAGUACCAGUUUGCAGGGAUAUGCGGAAAAUACCAGAAGAUCGUUGGAACGCAUUGAGGAAGUAACUGAGACUGAUGAAAAAACUGACGAAUCUGCGAAUCAAACGAAACUUAAGCUCAAUCCCAAUUGUACCUCCAGUUCAGAGAGUGAAAUAUCUGAUGUUGAUGAUGAUGAGGAAGAGGAAGAGGAUGACGAGGAGGAAGACGACGAUCAAAGUGACGUGAGUUCGGAAAAUCCAGAUUUUUUGGAGAAGCUGGACGAAUGCAUGAGUAAAUUUAAAUUGGAGACGGAUAGAAUUGUCGAUUCUACAAAGGAUGAUUUCAGAGAGGCAAACAUUGCGAUUAUAUCUCCAGUGACGAGAUCCGUAAAUAAUAAUUACGUACCGAUAUCUCGUCCCAUACCGAUAAGAAAUCCAAAUUCCAGGAGAAACUCGAUGCUACCUGGUUCCGAUAUGUGUAACGAAGUAUUAGCUUUUAAUGACAGCCUGAAACCUUGCCAAAAUCAAAUCCUUGAAAAUCGUAUCUCAGAAUAUAUCAAUCCUUACAUGUUGGGUAAUCGUGAGUCAGAAGUAAAUAUUACUAAUAAUAUCAUUAACGACAAUUUUGUUGCAAUACAAAACGAUAAUUCACCCGAUCUAUUACUUGAGGCUCUUAAGAACACGGAAAUGCCUGAACCUAUUAAAGAGUUGAAAGCUCUAACGCUAAAUAACGAGGCGAAACAGACGCAAGUGAAGAAAAUUCAAUCAAAUUUGGAUGGAGCGCAUAAACGUAUCGAAGAACUGCAAACGACAAUUAAGAUUAAGCAACGUUUCAUAGCAGAUAUGAUAAAGAAUUCCGAUACGCGCACCAGCGCGAAGCAAAAAUUCCAACGUAAACGUAGUAAACUGGAAGAGGAGUAUUACAACACGAGAACACAAUUGGCACAAGCGGAAAAUGCACAUAUGUACAAGGAUGAUGAAAAGACACACAAGAAAGAAAUUGAAUUAAUGAAAAAUAUAGCGAUACAUUAUGAGAAACGAAUGAUGGAUAUAGAUAUGAUAAAGCAAAUAGCAGGUGAUUCCGCGAAGAAAGUCUUGGAAUUGGAAGCCUCGUUAAAUACGUCGAAGAAGCAAAUGGAUAAAUUAAAGCGGCAAUUGAAGAGAGAAGAGGAACGUAAGAAGCAGUUGGAGGACGAGUUGGCUAAGGAUCAGCAAAAGAUUCGUGAACUUGAGGAGAAAUAUAAUCUAACUGCAUCCAAAUUGAAGGAAAUGCAAUCGGAGAGCGAGGAUGAAAAACACAAUAUGAAAUCAAAAGUUGAUUGUUCAGAUAAGAUGAAGAAUUUGAUGGAUGUUAGUGCAAGGAUAUCUCAUCUGGAUCACGUUCUAAAAGAGAAAUCAAUGGAUCUAGAGAGAACCGCUGAUAUGGACGAGAAAGAAGCGUUACGACACGAGAUUAGGAAUUUGAGGCGCACUCGAGAUUGUUUAGUGGACGAAAAAUGCGACUUAGAUGAGAAGUUUCAAAAGGAUAGAACUCUGACGAUGGUCGAAGAACGUAAACUGCUAGAAUGCGGUGAGACCAUCGAAGCCAUCGAUGCGAUGAUCGAGCACAAAAAUGAGAUGAUUUGCGGACGGAAGGAUUUUGAUGAGAAUCAAUCACAACGCGAGAAGGGCGAGAGAAUGUUGACGGAGCGUUUGAAGAAACUUUCACACGGUGAAAUAAUAACGUUAUUUAUGAAAUAUUUUCGCAAGGUGAUCGACUUGAAGGAAAGCUCGAAAAAUCUGGAAGUUCAAAUAACCGAACUCGAGGCUCACAUCACGAAUCAGGAUUGGCGACUAAUGGAAGCCGAGAAACGAAUGAUUUUAAUGCAGAGGCAGUACGAAGAUAAGUUGCAUCACGUGUUUAGGCACUUUGCGGAGGAGACAAGCAGCUCCGGUUACGAACGAUUGGAUAAGGAUUCUGAGCUUGUAAGAUUCAAAAAGGAAAAUAGAGCGCUCAAAAAACGAUUGGCGGAUGUCGAAGCUCUUCUCAAGGGUACAACACCACCACGUGCAGCUAGUCCAUGUAAAAUUCUGCAACAGCAAGGAUUAAAACAGAUCACGCCGAGUACUCGAUCGACGACUAUAACGAGGAAACGAAACAAAUUGAUAAUUGAAAAGACAACCGACAGAGAUAGCGAUAAGAGGAAAAAGUGAAUUUGUUCAAGUGUUUCAUUAUCAGAAUGUUAAUGGAGUUAAUGCAGCGAUCAAUGUAGUGAGGCCGAGUAUAAAUGUAAAUGGACUCCCGCAUCAUCAAUAUCCGCCAAAGAGACGGGUCGUACGACCGCGUUCUGGAACGCGUGCAAAUGCAAGUGUCGCAUAACGUUAUCAACACGCACAUCGUCGUCCCAAAUUCUCGUCCGCUAAGUGGCGAGAGAUGCAUUUCAUGGUACGAUACCCACGAAUUGGUAGCUAUGUCCCGCAGAUGCGCGUAAUCUCUCGCCGACGUCUGAGUUUGAUACUUGAUGGUCGCCCACCGAUCCGCGACCAUCAUAGUACAUGGUACCGUAAAGCUCAUGUUACAUUAUAUACGCAUUGAAGAUUAAGGAUUAUAACUGCGAAUUAAAGAUUAGGAUUCGAUCAGAUAGAUAUCUUUAUAAUCUUCCAUUUAAUCUCCAAUUCCCAUAGGCGAAAUAAAGAUUAGAAUUUAGCCAAUCAGAACGAAACGGAUUAAAAUUAAAGUUAUCUAACUGAUCGAAUUCUAAUCUUAGCUAAUUCGUAAUCUUCAAUCUCCAAUGCGUAGUAUGAUAAGAUCUUUACGAUAUGCUCAAAUACUGUAAUGGUAUAACAGACAGAUCCAUUUUGGGAAUAGUGUGACAACAUAGCUUUACAAUCAGUUCUUCAAAUAUAAACAUAAAUUAUUAAUGCCUAGUAAAACAUUAUGGGUGUGUAAACAUUUUUAACAAUUUCACGAUUUUUGACACUUGGCUAGCAAUUUAAGGAAAGUAUCGAUAUAUAAUGGCGCACAAUUGUCCGGACAAUUACAAUUUUGUAACUGUA